AUGUGUCUGCCCCAGGCCACCCGGCCCCAUUUCCCCUUCCUGUACAAAUUCAAUUCCCCUUGCCCCUGUCACUCCCCAUUUCCCUUCCCUCUGUCCCUUCCCCAUUUCCCCUUCCCUCUGUCCCUUCCCAAUUUUUCCUUCCCUCGGUCCCUUCCCCAUUUCCCCUUCCCUCUGUCCGUUCCCCAUUUCCGCUUCCCUUUAUCCCUUCCCCAUUUCCCCUCCCCUCUGCCCCUUCCCCAUUUCCCCUUCCCUCAGUCCCUCAGCAUUUCCCCUUGUCCUGUCACACCGCUUGGUGGCGACCCGUGUCCCCCGCGGCAGAGGAAAAUCACCGCUUCUCCCUCCGCCGAUGUCCCUGUCACUCCCCAUAUCCCCUGUCCCCUGUCACUCCAUGUUUCCCCUUCCCCUAAUCCCUCAGCAUUUCCCCUUGUCAUGUCACUCCCUUAUCCCCUUCCCCUGUCCCUCUCGGGCACCCAUUUUCUCUGA